GAGGGCUACGCGCAGGAGGGGUACGCGGCGGAGGGGUACGCGCAGGAGGGGUACCCGCAGGAGGGGUACCCGCAGGAGGGGUACCCGCAGGAGGGGUACCCGCAGGAGGGGUACCCGCAGGAGGGGUACCCGCAGGAGGGGUACGCGGCGGAGGAGGAGUCCGCCCCGCAUCAGUAUGCUGCUCCGGACGGGCCCCCAACCCAC